CCUUAAAGUACAACCCGGAAACCAACCGCGGCAAGCAUCAUCAUCUACUUUCUUUCCACGAAAUAAUAAUAAUAACAAAACAAAUAAUGUUGCCAGAAAUAAUUCAUAAAUAUUUAACUGUUUCAUUACAUAAAUAAAAUAAUGUAGCAUUUUGGGAAACCAAGUUGAAACAGGUUAUCAAUUUAAAUCACUUUCUCGUUAAUUUACGUUAAAUAAACGCCAAAAUUUUUAAUCCAAUGUUAUUGACAUUUGUGUCUCAUUUUCGCAAAUAAAUAAGUACUUUAUCUUCUAAUCGGCAUAAUUAGCAACGUAAAUACAUAACCUACCCCAAUGGAAAACUUUGGAAAGAAUAUUUAUCAUCAAGUGAUUGCUCAGAUUUUGUCGAUAUUUUUUGUAUGACGAUACUAAGCUCAAAUUGAAUUUUGAAUUUAAAUGCAAAAAUGCUUUCAUCGGAAUUGAAAAUUACAACUUUUAGGGAGUUUUCUAUUUAAAAGACCUGAUGAAGCUGUAUUUAACGGCGAAACCGGUCGCAGCUAAGUGAAUAAAUUCAGAUUAAUCUAUCUAUUGGUUGGAAUAGUUUUUCUUCGCACCUAAUAGAAAAGAGGGAACACAGCUAGACAUGCGGAAUUACGAUCACAGGCUAUGCGUCAUACCGACCUGUAGACCAAGUGACAGACUACAUCAUCCAAAUUUAUCAUUCCACCGAAUCCCAAAUAAUAACAAUUACUGGCGACAAAAAUGGAUCAAUCUCGUGCGAGAGUUAAAGAACGAUUGUCAUUGGGAGCCCUCAAAGCAGUCAUUGGUUUGCAGUAGACAUUUUCCCAGCCACUUGGUCCAACAGGCGGGAAAUAAUAAAAACAAAAGAGUCCUGAUCGGUAAUCCUGUCCCAUCUUUACUCCUGUGCGAACAGAGAUAUGUGAUUGUGGGAGUUUCUCAGCUGACAGAACCACCCUCAGGACCCCAAUCCGUACAUCCUGGUACAUCUUGCUUCCUCUGCUCUACAUUGAUCACCAACGUUCCCCACAACGACCACAUUACCAGGCAAAUCCACCUCUUCAAGGAGCUCUUAAAUGAAGAGGGCUUUAAACAAGGUCUCGUCAACGAUGCCUCCUCCUCGCUCAUGUAUCCCGCCGAUGGCAGAAAAUCUUGCACCGAUUGUCUCACCAUGGUCGGCAAAGUGUGGGAAUUGGACCGUGAAAUAUUAACGUUAAGAGAACGGAUCAGAACGAUCGUGCAAACAAGUCUCCGCGACAAUGCCGAACAAUUUACCAAUCGGAGGAGAGCUGAGAUUGAAAAAAGGUGCCAACUGGCGAAACAAAUUCGUGAAAAUAUCUCACCAGAAGUUCACGAAAUUGAUGAAAGCGCUUCACCAAAAAUAGAACAAAUCCAUGAAAACGUUUCAACAAGAUGCAACGGGGUUAAUGAAACAUGUAACGAGUCGUUGUACAACUGGGUGAUUAGCGUCUCCACUCCAGAUCCUACUGCUUCGACUAGAAAGCCUGACCGCACUAACCGCCCCGAGUCAGACCCAGAAUACAACCCCUCCGAUUCAAACUCUUCUUCAAAUUCAUAUCAGUCUUCAGCAGGAGAAAAUCCCACUUCCUCUACUACCAAUCACAGUACGGCGAGGAAUCUAAAAAAUGUCAAAAGGACAAAUCCAAUCCAACCAAGCGUUCCACCAAAACGGAAAAAAAUUGAAAAUAAUCCAACCGACGACGCUGUCUUUAGCUGGUCCCUUGUUUCCACGCCGAAUCAAUAUCCUGGCGCUACCUCUUGCACGAGAAAGAAACCAGGCCCUAUCGACCCCGCGGAAAUCCCGGAGUCAAAUCCACCCUCGUGCAUAAACGUGGAUGAAAACCCGGUCGAUAACGACGACGGAUCAUCCACCGUAUCUGCCCCCUUUCUAGAGUAUAUCGACGACGAUGACGAAAUUUACCAAUCUGGAAUGAAACCGUGCAUUGUACUGGACGAUCCUGACGAACCUGAGAACAUACCUGUCAAAAUGGAGGAGGACGAAUGCUUAUUCGAAUUUGAAGAUGCAGAGGAAAUGCCUACAGCGUCGGGGUCACAUUUGAACGAACCUGGCAUUAAGUCCACAAAACCUGGCAGCCAAAACUACGUAUUUUACGAUGGGAAUCGGCCGUUUGGAUGUUCCCGAUGUACGGCCCGCUUUGCCAGCAAAAUCUGGGUUAUGCGGCACAUGAAUUCGUGCAAAGAAAAUAUAACGCCGCCAUGAAAGGAAAUAAUUAUUAGGAUUUUUUGUGAAAAACUCGUUCAGAAGUGUUAAUGGUUUCAAAAUUUGUUCUUCUUAAAUAUAUAAAUAAGAUAAAAUUUAUAAAUAAUGAUGACAGUUACGCAAGUCAAGGAAAUUAUUGACUGCAAAAUAGGGACGUUCUUUCAAGUAAAUAUUAAGUUAUGCAAGUACUGUCGGUGAGUCUCCCAUUCUGGAAAGUUUGAAUACUUCUGUGUAUCCAAUAAUAAUUUCGUUAUACGUCAUCGCAUACAAAAUAUCUUUUAUACUACAUCAAAUGGUCUAAAAUUAAUUAAAACAAUAUUGACAAGUUGUCAAUGACAACAGUUAAAUUUCAUUUCAAUUAAACUUGCACAUACAUACUCGCUAUUCUCCAGUAGCUUAUUGUUUGAUUAUUUGCUCUGAAAUAGAAGCCCCUCCUUGAUUUCAGCACUGAUAAAUAGCAUCAGUUUUGGUGUCGAUAAGGAUUUGUUGGGCUUUUUCAGGAUGUCCCAAUCAAUCCAAUUUAUUUAGGGAUUAAGGGCUGUGGAACCGUGGGGACAUCGGGUACAAUGUCCCCAUGGAAGUUUAGAAUGCCCCCAUCUUUUCAAUGCUAUUAAGCUCCUCCUCUCCCUAUCUCACAAAGUUAGUGUCCCCACAAUGUCCCCGCCGUUCCACAGCAUAUGGUAGAGGUAUCUUUAUUACCCAAAAUUCCCGUGUUAUAACCCUUGAUCUAUUCGAUUUUUGGAUACUUAUUGAAAUUAAGAAAACUUGUUAAUUAUUGAGAAAUUGGGCUUUAGACUGAUAAAUUGAUUUGUGGUAGAAAAAUAUCAGAGUUAUCUUUUUUAUUGGUUUCAACGUACUGUACACAUUAAAACCAGAUAGGAAAUUAAUUUGACAAAUACCAGGCCAAAAACUGAAUUUACCGACUCGAAAAUAAUCAAAGUGAAUUAAUUAUUAUUGUGAUGAAUAUUUUACAAAGUUUCUAAACCCAGAACACUUCGGAGCUCAAUAUUGUAAUAUAUCUAAAUACAUGUAUUUAUUAAAUGUUCACAUAUUUGUGUAAAUAGUUUGUCAUGUCCCUAUCGUCACCUUUCCAUGAAUUCAAGAUUAAUAAUCCUAGAUUAUUAAGUAUUGA